UGUAAUAAAUGGGGUUCAAUCAAAUUGGAUUGGAUUUACCAGUGGGGUAUUUCAGGAUUUGUAAUUGGACCCUUAAUCAUUUUGACAUACAUUGAUGUUAUUGAUAAUGAAAAGCUAAUGGUUAACAGAUUGGCCAACUUUACUGAUGAUAUUAAACUGAAAGUUUGGGUAUAGUUAGCUGUGACUGUGUUAGAAGGUUGCUGUUUUACAGAAGGGUUUGGAUCAAUUGAUAAACUAGAGAGGGCUUGAUGACUAUUCAGGGCUGGAUAUAGACAAAUGGAUGGGACAGCCAUCAUGGAGUGUCAGAUGUUGGGUGUCACCUAGCCUAGCAUUGUAGCAGAUGGUAAUCUAUAUAUGAUGCAAGCACUUUUCUGAAGCAAGUUGACAAGUGAUCCAGCUUGCAAAAGUCGUUUUUUUUUGCUGAUUCUUUCCCGUCGUAGGGCAGAAAUGGAUUCAAGUAAGGUCUGGGCUCCGGAUCCCAUUGAUGGCUACAAGCUUGGGACUAUUGUUGAUAUUAGUGAAGAUACCAUUACAGUAGAACCUUUUCAAUCUCCAAACCAAAUCAUUACUGCACCUUAUGAUAGUGUAUUUCCAGCAGAAGAUGACAACAACAAAGAUGUGGAUGACAAUUGUGCACUCAUGUAUCUGAAUGAGGCAACACUUCUGAACAACGUUCGUGUAAGAUACCAAAGGGAUCAGAUAUAUACAUAUGUUGCCAACAUACUGAUUGCUGUCAAUCCCUAUUUUGAAAUAAAAAACUUGUACUCCUCGGACACAAUUAAGAAGUACCAGGGAAAAUCACUAGGGGUAUUAUCUCCUCAUGUAUUUGCAAUAGGUGACAAAGCCUUUAGAGACAUCAAGACUUGCAAGCAGAGUCAGUCUAUCAUUGUCAGUGGAGAGUCUGGAGCAGGAAAGACGGAAUCAACAAAAUACAUUCUUCGGUAUCUCUGUGAAUCCUGGGGUAGUCAUGCUGGGCCCAUUGAGCAGAGGAUCCUUGAUGCCAACCCUAUUCUUGAAUCUUUUGGUAAUGCUAAGACUGUACGAAACAAUAAUAGCAGUAGAUUUGGAAAGUUCAUUGAAAUUCACUUCAACAACAAGUAUGCUGUAGUAGGAGGUUACAUCUCCCAUUACCUACUUGAGAAGUCUAGGAUUUGUAGUCAAAACAGUGGGGAGAGAAAUUACCAUAUAUUUUAUCAGAUGUGUAGUGGAGCACCUGAGCAACUGCAACAACAACUAAAACUUGCCAGUCCCGAUGCUUUUGAGUACUUAAAAAGGAGCUGCACUCAAUACUUCACCUCUACUGCUACUGAAAUGUCCCUCAGUGCUAACAGAAAAUCUAAAACCCAUCAACAGAAAGGUCCAUUAAAAGAUCCAAUUGUGGAUGAUGUUAGAGACUUCCAACAUCUUGAUAAGGCUCUACACAAUAUUGGCUUAAAUGAUCAACAGAAACUAGCCAUUUACACAGUUGUAGCAGCAGUUCUUCACCUGGGAAAUGUAACCUUUGAGGAUUCUCCUGAUGAUACUAGUGGUGGGUGUAAAGUGACCAAACUAGGUGAAACCUCCCUCCAGACAGCAGCUUCCCUGAUGGGAUUGGAUCCUGAGGAUCUACGUCAUAGUCUACUUAAUCGAAUUAUGCAGCCUAGCAAAGGUGGAGUCAAAGGCACUGUGAUCAUGGUGCCACUGAAAGUACAUGAGGCACAGAAUGGUCGAGAUGCACUGGCAAAAGCUAUGUACUCCAGGCUGUUUGACUAUAUAGUACACUGCAUAAACCAGAGUAUUCCUUUUAGUUCUUCUUUCUACUACAUUGGAGUGCUUGACAUAGCAGGCUUUGAAUAUUUCCAGAAGAACAGUUUUGAGCAGUUUUGUAUCAAUUACUGCAAUGAGAAGCUUCAACAGUUUUUUAAUGAAAGAAUCCUUAAAGAUGAACAAGAUCUAUAUGAAAAGGAAGGCUUGGGUGUUAAAAAGAUUGAGUAUGUGGACAAUCAAGAUUGCAUUGAUCUUCUAGAGGCAAAAGGUGUUGGUAUCUUUGAUCUUCUGGAUGAGGAAAGUAAGUUACCUAAGCCUAGCCACAGUCACUUUACAACAGCUGUGCAUAGUAAUUACAGCAAACACUUUCGAUUAGCUGUGCCACGAAAGUCAAGACUUAGGGACCAUCGCGAAGUGAGGGACGAUGAAGGAUUUCUGAUUCGUCAUUUUGCAGGAGCUGUCUGUUAUGAAACAGAAAAAUUCUUAGAAAAGAAUAAUGAUGCCCUUCAUGCCUCACUAGAAGCAUUGAUUUUAGAUGCUAAGAAUGUGUUUCUGAAGCAGCUAUUUUCUGUUGAUGCAACUACUAAGACAUCAAAAGGCAAGCUGACCUUUAUCAGUGUUAGUAACAAGUUUCGUUCUCAGCUAAUGGAACUGAUGACCAAGCUUCGCAGCACAGGAACACACUUUAUUCGUUGCGUUAAACCUAACUUACAGAUGGUUGACCACAAGUUUGAAGGUGGUCAGAUUCUAAGCCAGUUGAGAUGUGCUGGUAUGACAUCUGUGUUAGACUUGAUGCAGCAAGGGUUUCCUUCACGUGCUCAUUUUACUGAUUUGUACAACAUGUACAAGAAAUACCUUCCUUCCGAGUUGGCUCAACUUGAUGCACGACUCUUCUGUAAGGCAUUGUUCAUGGCUCUUGGACUGAAUGAAAAUGACUUCAGGUUUGGGAUGACCAAAGUCUUUUUCAGACCUGGCAAGUUUUCAGAGUUUGAUCAGAUAAUGAAAUCAGAUCCAGAGAACCUGGCCUUUUUAGUGAAGAAAGUGAAAAAGUGGCUUAUAGCCUCACGCUGGAAGAAAACACAGUGGUGUGUGUUAUCAGUCAUCAAAUUGAAAAACAAAAUACUGUACAGAGCAGCAAACCUAAUCAUCAUUCAGAAAAAUGUUAGAAUGUAUCAAGCGAGGAAGAAAUAUCGACCAAGAUACUUAGGAAUCCUGAAGGUGAAAUCCCUACAAGGCCAGCUUAAGCAUAUGUCAGCACUAGUCAACCAGAUGAAAUCAGACAAACAACAGUCAUUGUCACAAGUACAUGCACUUGAGUCAGAAAUGUUGGAGUUCAUUAAAAAACUGAAGACAACAGAUAUGAAGGAAGCUGAAAUUCAGAAGAACUACACAAAUAUUAUGAAAGCCAUGGAUAAUACUUUAGUAACAUUGAGAGGUAAGCUAGAAAAACAGAAGAUUGCAGAAGAACAGAAGCGCUUACAAAAGAUUCAAGAAGAGAUGGAGAAAGAAAGAAAGAAGAAAGAGGAAGAAGAAAGAAAGAAACAUGAAGAAGAAGAAAUUAGAAGAAAGAAAGCUGAACUGGAAGUGGAAAGAAAGGCUGAAGAAGAAAAGCGUAAAAAACAAGAAGAAGAAGACAGAAAACUUGCGAUUGCAAUGGAAGCAGAAUUGAAGAAAGAGCAAGAAGAAGAAUCUAAAAGGCAGGAACAGAUAGAACAAGAACGUCGUGACUAUGAACUGGCUUUACGCUUGGCUCAAGAUAAUAAUGGUGUUGUAGAAGAUGUUCCAGCAACUUCAACUCUUCCAAGAUCCUCCACUGUUGUCAAACAGAGACAACAGCUUGCCAAUAAAAAGUAUGACCUUUCUAAGUGGACCUACUCUAAACUUCGGGAGACUAUCAACACAUCUUGUGAUUUGGAUUUACUAGAAGCUUGUAGAGAGGAGUUCCAUCGAAGAUUGAAAGUAUAUCAUGCUUGGAAACGUAAAAAUUUGAAGAAAGGCGAGGCACCUAAGAAUAGAGCUCCACCAUUAGUAAUGGAUUCAGUUCCUCCACCUCUUCCACCACGACAAACAAAAAAUCCAGAUCAUCGCCAGAGGUACUUCCGUAUUCCUUUUGUUCGACCUGGAUUUUCACAGUCAGAGAAGGGAAUGUGGUAUGCACAUUUUAAUGGAUCAUAUAUUGCUCGACAAAUAGAACUCCAUCCUCGAAGUCCACCAUUACUUUUUGUGGCAGGUAAGGAUGAUAUGCAAAUGUGUGAGUUACCCCUGGAAGAAAUUGGCAUUACUCACAGGCGGGGAGCAGAAAUCCUGGAAAAUGAGUUUGAAGACUACUGGGCCAAAUAUGGUGGCAAAAAAUAUGUUCCUCCAGCUGCUGCACGAGGUUCAAAAAAUAAUUAAAUAAACUUAAAGUGAAUGCUUUUGGGUUUUUAUGUAACAUAUGGAAAAAGGAAUAAGAGUAAGUUUCAAGCUGUGGAAGAAUUGUGAAAUAUGGGAUAAUUUGGAACUAAUUUUAAUGAUUUUUUUCUUUUGUGGUGGAAUGAUAAAAGGUUCUGUCUGUAUUACAUUGUUUGUUUGUGGUUAAGGUAAAGUACAAGUUAAAUGGGUUAUAACAUUUACACUAUUGAAUAUAACAAGCAAUUUUAUUUUGUUAACUUUC